AUCUGGUAUAAUGUAUUCACACUCACUGAAAUGGCUUACUGGGACACACACACAGGAUCUGUUGGGGGUUUCCAAUGAUUUUUGCAGUUAACAGAUGAUGCAUACGGGAGACAGAAGGAAGAAAGCACGUAGUGGUGUACAGCACAGCCUCUGGUGACUGAUAUCAACCCCUUAUGCCACCCAGUUCUUGUGAUUUUGAGAUUUUUCAGUUCCUCAAUGAGCACAAGCUGCUGGGAAACAUAAAAAAUGUUGCCAAAACAGCAAAGAAAGAACAACUGAUUAUUGCCUAUAAUCACCUCUUUCAGAGCAAAAGGUUUAAAGGCACAGAACCAGUUGAGGAAGUGACUGAGCAGGUUAGAGUUGUGAAAAUUGAAGAUAAGCCCAAAGAAGCCAAGGCAGAGGCUGUGGAUGAGGGUCCGCCAAAGUAUACCAAGUCAGUGCUGAAGAAAGGUGACAAGACAAACUUUCCAAAGAAAGGCGAGACCGUGAGCUGCUGGUACACUGGCACCUUAGAAGAUGGGACUGUGUUCGACACCAAUAUUCCUGCAUUGGCAAGAAAGAAGAGGCAAACUAAACCACUGAGCUUCAAAGUUGGAUUGGGCAGAGUCAUCAGAGGAUGGGAUGAGGGACUUCUAACAAUGAGCAAGGGUGAAACCGCUCGAUUCGAAAUUGAACCAGAGUGGGCCUACGGAAAGAAGGGUCUCCCUGACUCCAAAAUUCCACCCAAUGCAAAGCUGAUUUUUGAGGUCGAGCUGGUGGCCGUGGAUUAACUGACACGUUGUCCAGCAUGCACUAUAUUUCAAGGCUUGAAGGGAAAGAAAUACUAAAUGGCCUUGCUGUAAAGAAUCAAGUUAAAAUUACAGGUGGACUGCGUUGUCCUGUUUCUAUUUUGUCUCAUUUAUCAUCACAAUUCAAGUAACGACCAGUUAUAUUGUUUAAGUUUUGGCCAAAAUAUGAUGGCUUGUCAAUAAUGUACAUAUGAGACACCCUGAAACCUUAUUCUGCAUUUUGUUUUGUUCUUUUGCAUGUAAAAUGUAAAUGAUAAAUAAACCUGUUUCAGAGACAAAA